UAUGGAAGAAAAAUUUUAUAACGACAAUGAGGAGAAAAAUAGACCUAUAGAAAAUAUAAGAAAAGAGUUUUCUGAAGGAAAUCUCGAAGGUGAAAAUUCAAUAGAGUCUAUUGAAGAAGAAAGUGGAAAAGCGAAAGAUGAGACGGCGGUAAUUUCAAAUGAGCAACAGGAAAAUCAAACGGAAAAUGUUGAAUAUGCAUGUGAUCAAAAUAUAGAAGAGGUAGUAAGAAAAGAGCUCGAAAGUCCAGAGCAAUUAAAAGAGAACAAAGUAGAGCCGCUAGAGAUUGCUCAAACCGAAACACAAAUUCCACCUGAAAUCUCUACGGAUAUUGAAAUUAAAGAAGAAGUUAGCAACAUCGAAACGACACAAAAUACUGUAGACAUUGAUAAAAAGGUCUCGAAUGAAGAAAUAGACAAAAAAGCCCAGCUUUUAGCUGCAACAGCAACUGAAGAAAAGAAAAACAAUAGUCAGAACGAUGAUAAUCCAUAUACGGUUAGACCUCCGCCUCCUCCAUUGUUUGAUGAUACGGACGAAGAUUCGGAUUGGGAUAUUUAA